AUGGGCGACACAUUAAACCAAAAUGCCACUACAAACUCUGUCGUGCGUCCUCAGUAUUUUUUCAUCACUGGGUUUUCCAACAUACCUCACGCCCAGUACUACUUCAUGUUCUUGUGUUUUGCUUAUAUCGUUACUGUCUUGGGGAAUUCUUUUGUCAUGUUUAUUAUAUACAUAGAUCGUAGUCUUCAUACUCCAAAAUAUAUGGCUGUUUUCACUUUAGCUAUAGCUGACUUGGGUGAGAGUACUGCUGUUUUUCCUAAUGUGAUUAAAGUCUCUCUGCUAAAUAUACAGCAAGUGACAUAUGAGGCCUGCUUGUCAAACAUGUUUUUUAUAUAUUUUUUUAGUUCAGUGCAGUCUCUCACACUUACUGUUCUAGCAUAUGACAGAUUUAUUGCAAUUUGCUUCCCACUGAGGUACCACAGCAUUGUCACAAACACAUCAAUGGGCAUUAUUCUCACUGUGGGAUGCAUAUUUAAUGUUGUGUUUGUAGUGGUUGGAGUAUCAUUGGUAACUAGGCUAUCGUUCUGUAAAUAUAUAGUGGUCGACAGCUACUUCUGUGACCAUGGGCCCCUAUACAAACUGGCCUGCAAUGAUAAUAUGCCAAGUUAUAUCGUAGUAAUGUUAUUCACAGUGUUACAUUAUUUUUUACCAUUGAUUCUGAUUGGUUUAUCUUACGCAUGUAUUUUGUUGGCACUGUUUAAAAUUACAUCAUGGGAAGGACGUCUGAAAGCCUUAAAGACCUGUUUUUCCCACCUAAUAUUAGUGUCAGCAUAUUAUUUUCCAAUAUUGGGCAUUUACAUAGGUGCAAUGGCCGGCUCUGUCCACCGUAAUGCAAGAAUAAUCAGUAUAUCACUCUCAUAUGGUGUUCCUGCUAUGUUAAACCCCAUUGUGUAUUCUCUGAAUACUGCCGAGAUCAAGGACUUUGUAAAAAGAAUGUUCAGAAUAAACAAACAUGGGAGUACAAUAGUAACUACGGCAAAUGAUUAG